AUGAAACUGGGCCCAGACAUGCUCCCACAGAAGACAGGUCAGCUCCAUGGACGAAACACCAGAAACUCUGACAAACUCAGACUGGUUAAAUGUAGAACAAGCAGAUACUGGGACUCCUCUAUACCCUACUUUGUGCGAUUACUCAACGACGAUACUUUCCCACCGUUGAUGGUCGAAGGUCUCGCCAUCCCCGCCAUUGAUGUCGUGGAUGUCAAUAACAUCGCGGCAUCGGAUCCAGCGGCACUUGUACAAGCACUAGCCAGGGCAAUGCAGCCGGACUUGGAUGACCACCCUGUUACUCCUGGGACUGCUGACAGAACAUUGACCAAUAACGCGAGAACGCUGACCGACAACACCUGCAAUUUAGCCUUGGAUACACUGAAAUCUGCAUCAGAGCGUUUGAGGACCACAAAUGCUACCGGCGUCCUUGCCCAGUUAUGUGAAGCUGUCAUCAAAGCGUGUAACUACAAGACAUUGGAAGAACAGCUUUCCUACGUCACCGUUCUGGACAACCUGAACUAUGACCUUGCGAGAAAAGUACUGACGACGGAAGACGUGUGGCGCAUCAGUACAGACAUGGUACGCUCGGCUGGGCACCUCUUCUAUGAAGCACAGAGCAGAGGCCAGGCAGAGGACGAUCCCACCACGAAUGAUGACGUUUUGUCACCUGAAGAGAGAGAAGAUCGGGAGCGACAAAUGAAGGAAGAGCGUGACCAAAUGAAACGAGCCGUUGUCGCACGCGGAAGGAAGAUACUAAACGAUAUGGCGGACCGUCUGAGAAGAGAGUUGACGCCAGGUGGCCCAGCAAUACGCAUCGACUCCGACAGCCUCUGUUUGCAAGUACAGAGAAUCCAUGGAAAGAAUCUGGCAGAUGAUCGAUUAAACGACACAGGCGUGAACAUUGCCUUUCCCUCUGCUGAAAAACUGUUCAAAGGCUUUGAGCCAAGGUAUAUUGACAUUAAGGUCAUCUGUUACCAUGUCAACCCUUUCACGUGGGGAAACAACUCAAACAUCAUCAACUCUGGUGUCUACGACAUCUCUCUGGUACCAUCGACCAUGUCCCCCGGGGAAAUAAGAGACACAGAAGAGGAUAUCCUGAUCACCAUCGCCACCAAUGAAGACUACUCUUCCAGCGGACUGGUUCAUGAAGUAGAUUCCACCGACAAUGGGAGCGUGUUGCACCAUGUAUUCAACAUCUCAGACGUAGAUGAUGCUGUCGUCGUCCAAGUCACUGCGCUGAACAGGAGUUCCAGAAUAUCCGUGUUCGGGAGAGGAGGUGGCUUGGCCCAUAGUAAAAACUGUGAAGUAUGUUUGACCUGGCAGGACUGGAAACCGACUGCCUCCCAUCAUGGCGCUCCUGAGUCUCGGUCUGUCAUGUUUUUCGUGUCGGGAAAGAAUCAUACCGGAAAGUAUUCUGUCGGAGUAGAGGUUGCUGGUGUGGACGAUGUCUACCAAGAUGCAGUCGAUGACGGCGUGCUUCUUGUGGACCCAGCUGAUCAGUCCGGUUUAAGCCUGAAUGGGACCCAGUUCUACAGCCUGAAGGUGCUGCGUCUGAGCUGUCGUUAUUGGGCGGAGGACACAGAGAGCUGGCUUCCCAACGGAUGUAGAGUACAUCCUUCCUCCACUAUAACCGAGACUGUCUGCGCCUGUAAUCACAUGACAGCAUUCGGGGCUGGCUUUGUCACCGCGCCAAACACGAUUGACCUGACCACCGUGUUUGACAAGUUCGCGGACAUAGGGAACAACGCAGGGGUCCUCGCUACCGUGCUGACGACAUUAGCUCUGUACAUUGUCGGGGCCAUGGUUUUAAGGAAAGUGGACGAAGCGGGGAUGAAGAAGUUGAUUGUCCAUAGUCUACCGGACAACCGCUCCACGGACACAUACUAUUACAAGAUAACGGUUUACACCAGUUACAGUAGAGGGUCUGGAACUAAGUCUAACGUGGCGUUCUCAUUAUUUGGAGACAAAGGGAGUACUGGAGUCAGGGUGUUCAAGCAAGGCCCGGAGACCUUCCAGGCUGGUGGCGUGGAUAUCUUCUUGAUGGCUGUAGAAGAAAGUCUGGGUGAUCUUCAUCGACUUCAGAUCUGGCACGACAACCAGGGCGGCGAUGACAGGGCCUGGAAGCUAGAUAAAGUCAUUGUGCGGGAUCUGCAGUCAGGAGACACAAACAGCUUUCUCUGUAACCAUUGGCUGUCACUGGACCGCGGGGACGGUAGAAUCAACCGGAUUCUUCCUGCUUCAACAGAGCACGAUCUGUCGUCCUUCCAUCUUUUCACUACAAAGGCAGCCCGCGAUUUUAGAAAUGAGCACAUCUGGCUCUCCACCUUAUUCUGCCCCAGUGGAAGCCAUUUCAGUAAGGUCCAACGUCUCUCAUGUGGACUGUGUAUCAUUUACACCACCAUGAUUGCCAACGCCAUGUGGUACAAAACGGAAGACAAUGUGGAGCAGACGACAGUGGUGAAUCUUGGGAUAGUUUCCUUUACCCUUCAUGAGUUAUACGUCAGCACGAUUACGUCACUGUGUGUCCUCCCAGUAAACGUGCUCCUCAUCCAGCUCUUCAAUCGGUGCAAAGAAAAGAAACAAACAGGCAAGAAUUCAGUGUAUGUUGCAGAGAAAGGAGACGCAAAAUCUUUGAAUUUGAAAACACGGUCAUCUUCCCAAUUUCUUCCCCAUGGGUUUGUGUACGUGGCCUGGUCAGUCCUGGUCCUUGUCUGCUGCGUAUCGGCAUUCUUCACCAUUCUCUACAGCAUGGAGUGGGGACCUGAGAAGGCAAACGCAUGGCUGAAGACAUUCUUGAUGUCCUUCGUGCAAGAUGUCUUUGUAAUUGAGCCAGUCAAGAUACUGGCUGUCUCUGCCCUGGUGUCCUUAAUCUGUAAGAAAGCCGCGGUGGUAUCGACGCGGGACGACUACGUCAGACAACACGUUGACGUGGAGGAUUCCAGUCCGUCAGAAGGCGGCCUGUUUGCCUGGAUAUCUCACCGUGCCACCAUGAGAGUGGCUAAACAGCAGCUACAUAUGGCUCUCUCGAAGCAUCACAAGUCGGAUGCAGAAUCACAGAUAGAGCGAAAGAAGAAGGAAGAGACAAGAAGACAAACAGACAAUGUGAUACAAGAGGUUGUCGGCUUCUUCGUGAUCGUGAUGAUUCUGCUCGUGGUGGCUAAUGGCGGUACAAACGUCUACUCUCACCACGCCUACACCACUUUAGGUGGCAUCUUCCAAACGGACUUUGUUCAGAUCCAAACGACGGAUGACUAUUGGUCGUGGGCGCGCGAUGUCCUUGUUCCGGGUCUUUUCCAGGAACAACAUUACAACGGUGAUAAAGUCGGUUGGAGACGGAAGCGUUUCAUCAGUGACGCCGCUUCUUACAGGAUCGGAGCUGCACGCUUCAAGCAGAUACGAGUUAAAUCCAGAUCCUGUGGCUUUCACCAGCGCUACACCAGCCUGUUCUUGAACCAGGAAUGCAACAGCGGUAACUCCUUCUCAGACGGGGAAACGCGAGACUUUUUACCCGGAUGGAGACUCCUCUCCUCCUCCAAUUCGUCCGAAGAUUUCCAUGAGCAAUCCCCCUGGACCUACCAGAUCCCCGACUCUGGUGGCGAGCUGCCCGUGAUGGCAGACAUUGCCACGUACGGCUCGGGAGGUUAUGUUGCCGGAGUAGGCAGAAACAAAGAUGCUGCCCUCGGUGUCAUCGCUGACCUGAAGGAAGCCGACUGGAUUGACCGCUAUACACGCGCUGUCGUCGUGGAGUUCACGGUUUAUAACGCCAACAUCAACUUCUUCAGCACGAUGUCGUACACGGUGGAGUUCCUCAACAUGGGAGGGGCGGUGCCGUCCCGUUCUAUCCGGACCUACCGCUUACAUCGGUUCGUGGGCCCAGCAGGGUAUAUAAUCCUGGUUCUGCACAUCCUUUACGUGGCGUGUUUCCUGUACACGCUGUACAGAGAAGCAAAAAUGAUGAAGGAACAAGGGAAAAGGUACUACCAACAACCGUGGAACUUUCUCGAGAUUGUCAACAUCCUGGUUUCUUUCAUCGCUUUUGCCGUGUUUGCUGUAGACUACAUUACAUCAAGGCGUACCCUCAACAAGCUACUGCUUCAUCAUCAUGAGUCGAAGUACAUCAGCUUCGAUAUUGCUUCCUUCUGGAACCAGGCGUUUGUUUGGACAGUGGCCACCGUCGCCUUCAUCAACAUCUUAAAGUUUCUUCGCCUCCUUCGCUUCAACCCGCUCAUGUCCGUCUUGAUGACGUCAUUACGGCGCAUGUUACCAGAGGUCGCGGGCUUUGCCGUCUACUUCACCUUCCUGUUUAUGUCAUUCGUGCAGCUGGGACACUUGGUGUUCGGACUGAAAAUACAGGAAUACUCCACGAUUGUCACCUCAGGAAAGAGUCUCUUCCUCUGUUCACUGGGGAAUUUCAAUUUGAGAAAGGACUAA